AGGUGUCGUCACAUAACCCACAUUAGUAAAGAUGUCUGACAGGUGCACACACAAGUCAACAACAGUGAAGAUUUCUAUGUUUUUAUGUGUUUUGUAUUUAUCAUGGACGCCUGUUCAGACCGAGAUUAAUUCUGCAGUUCUCGAUAAACAAACUGGCCAGCUGUCUCUACAAGAGGGUUUCCGAGACGACUAUGUAGCCUGGGCGAACUUUACCGACGACAUCAAGAACUCAGGCUGGUCAUAUCUGGAAGUGACCACUAGCGGGCGCUAUAAUGAUAGCAUCCAAGCGUACGCUGCCGGGGCCGUUGAAGCUGCAGUCAGCUCCGAGGUGUGGUUGGUGUUGCUGCAGCUGAAAGGUCUGGAAGAUGGCUACAAUGAUCAGCUGUCAUUUCCCAGAGGCCCUUUCACUCUCAACCCCUUCGGCUUCCUACUUUUCCAGAUGGGAGGAGACCUGGUGGAUCUUGAGGGGGCCCUAAACAAGUCUAGCCAAUCACGGACACUGGGCUCUGGCUCCUGCUCCGCCCUCAUCAAGCUAUUGCCUGGCAACAAGGAUCUGCUGGUGUCUCAUGAUACCUGGAACAUCUACCAGGCCAUGCUGCGCAUCCUAAAGAAGUACCAGUUUGCCUACCGUGUCURUCCUACAGACAGUGAUCCGAUCCCUGGCGGAACCCAGGCCUUCUCCUCCUACCCAGGGUCCAUUUUCUCUGGAGACGACUUCUACAUCCUUAGCACCGGGCUGGUUACCUUGGAGACCAGCAUCGACAACAGUAACCCCGCCCUCUGGAAAUUUGUUCAACCAACCGGAGCAGUGAUGGAGUGGCUGAGGAACAUCGUAGCCAAUAGGCUGGCUGCAUCCGGCAAGGAGUGGGCAGAGAUUUUCAGCAAACACAACAGCGGAACGUAUAAUAACCAGUGGAUGAUAGUGGACUACAGGCAUUUUACUCCGGGGAUGACAGAGACCAAGGAGCAGCUGUUUACUGUACUGGAGCAGCUCCCUGGGCUGGUUGUUCACUCUGAUAAAACCCAGGAGUUGCUGCAGAAAGGUUACUGGUCCAGUUAUAACAUCCCGUACUAUGAGGAGGUGUUUAAUGCCAGUGGCUGUCGAGAACUGGUUAAACAAUUUGGUCCAUGGUUCUCUUUGGACAUGAACCCUCGAGCCCAGAUCUUCAGAAGGAACCAAUCGCACAUCACAGACAUGGACUCCAUGGUCCGCCUCAUGAGGUAUAAUAACUUUAAGGAGGACCCGUUGUCUUGGUGUGAGGGCUGUGACCCGCCUGCUAAUGGAGAGAACACCAUCUCAGCCCGGUCCGACCUGAACCCGGCUAACGGAACGUAUCCCUUCGGAGCGCUGAAGCAGAGACCACAUGGAGGAACGGAUAUGAAGGUGACGUCCUACGGGCUGUGGCGUGAGUUUGGCUUCCUGGCAGCGAGUGGACCCACUUGGGACCAGGUACCUGCCUUCCAGUGGAGUUCAUCCCCCUACUCAGACCUGAUGCACAUGGGACACCCUGACACCUGGGCGUUUGCACCUGUAAAUGUCACCUGGUCUACCUAACCCUUCUGAUCUAUCCGCUGCCUUUGACACUGUGAACCAUCAUAUCCU